AUGGACAACGCGCGCGACGACCAGACCGGCCAGGCCGACAACCUUGCCGUGUCACAGCCCGCAGACGCCUCCGUCGAUCUCACUUUAGCCGCAGACAAUAAUCAAAAGUCGCCAAACAAGCCGAAAAAGCCCAAGGCUUCAUGCAAGAAGCACAAACCGGCGAAGCGCUCCAAGAAGGGUAAGCGAGCAGUCGCUUCAGAAUCCGACUCUGACGACAGCUCAUCCGAGAGCAACGACUCGCUCUCUAGUGACAGCUCCGAGAGCAGCUCGUCGGGCGAAGAACUGGCACGCAAAAGGUCCAGCAAAAGGGCCCAGAAGCUUCGUAAAAUGAAAGCAAAGGCAAAAAAGUACAAGAAGAAGCCAAAAAAGUAUGAGACUUCCUCUGACGAAUGUUCCUCCGAUUCCUCCGACAGCUCCUCCAGCUCUGAAUCCGAGGAAGACACUCACUCCCGCCGCCACCGGAAGAAGUCCCGGAAGGUUGUAGAGUUGGAGAGUGGCGAUGAGUCGGAAGAAGAGAUCGAAGACGACGCAGUCGCGAAGCAAGACCAGUUGUUGCAGCUUCUGCUAGAGCAACAGAGCCUACAGAAACGCAUCCUUCAACUAAUGCCAGGCCUUCCACUCAGCACAAGGCAGCUACCACCCCUUGAUGAUAUAAUUCCGCCUCCGGAAGUAGGACGGAAGAAGAAAAAGGGAGAGGGGAAGAAGUCUUCAAAGAAAGCACUUGGCAAGCGUGGCAGUACGGUGGGAUUCAAGCGUGUCGAUGAACUUUGGGACAGUACAAUCCACAACUACAAGCUCACGGAGAGCGCAGAGGACCCAGUAGACGAAUUUGAUGCGUAUGUCUUCACCGUGCGAAGAAAGUUCGAUUGGGAGAACAAGUACCGCAACACUGUUGUAGACAUCAAGUCCAAGCUUCUACGCGAGGCGCUACAAGAAAUCAUGAAGGACGUCAAGGGAGUGUCUUUAGUGGAGGAGCAACCUUGCAUCGAUCCUAAUUUGCUUUUUCUUUACCUCGAAGAGCUCCGCACCCACGCCAAGAAAACACUGAAGGCGAGAGCUAAGAAGGAAAAGAAAAAGAAGAGUAGGAAAAGGAUAAACCUGAUGAUCGCACACUGCAAGGUCAUGGUUCGCUUCCUCGAUGAAGAUUACGAUGAGACAAAGAAGACUCUAUAUCCCAUGCUGAACGCUGGAAACAUCACUUUUGAUCUCUUAUGGGCACUUUUCAAGCCAAACACCGUGGCAUAUACCACAACUUACGGCUCUGUCGAGAACCCUCGUUGCUUCAAAGUCGACUACGCUACGAAGGAAAGCUCAUUCAUUCGUGGUGACUGGUACUGUAUCGAAGGCCGCUACCUGGAGUAUGACGGAAAGAAUUAUGGACUGGGUGACUUUGAGAUCAAUGUCGAGUCCUUCAAGGGCCCUCGAAAGAUCACUAGCCUGGCCACUUACCCUCUUCAUUACCACAAAGACUGUGAAACGCUCAAAAAACAGCUGAUAGAAAGGGGCAAGACAUUCGUAACCAUGACAGGAAUGAACUACAAGUUCCACAAGGGCCUUGCUUUCGAGAAAAGGAAGAAGAUGGUCGCAAAGCACAACGUCAAUGGUCGCGUCAUGAUUGAUCCCGCUAUCUUUCGACGCAUCAAUCCGAACUAUCCGAUUUCACUGAUUAAACCCAAGGACCAGGAUGCGCUCUAUGAUAUCGUUUCAUGUUGCGAUUGUAGCGACGCGGAGUCGGACGACGAAGACGGUCCCGGAUGCCCACAGAAUCCAGCUGCGGAGGGGCAUGAAGAGCGAGAAAAGACCAAGCUCAAAGUCAUUUAUGACGAAGUAAAAAAGGAACAUCAUGUCUUGGAAGUUCCAGUGGAUGAAGAUGGCGACGAAAUCAAGGUCGAAAAACUUGAUAAGCUGGGCGAGAAUACCAACGGAGAGGACGCUGAAGGAACGGAAAAAGUACAGGAGUUCACUGAAGAAGAGCUUCUAAUUGCAUCGCCGGUGGUACUGGGCUUUGCUUUCUCCGAGAAGCGCUGGAUGGAGUUCUCUAUUUCCGGCCUUCAAGACAUCAAGUGGAACGAUGAAGCCUUCACUUCCUUGGUCCUCCAAAAAGAUCGAAAGUCUAUCGUCAAAGCCAUGGUAUCCAGUCACAAGUUCCACGCUGCUCAGACUAUUGACGACGUGGUCCAAGGCAAAGGGCGUGGAAUGGUCUUUGUCCUCCAUGGGCCUCCCGGUGUGGGCAAGACACUGACUGCUGAAGGUAUCGCUGACUACCUAAAGUGCCCGUUGUACGCCGUCAGCGCGGGAGAGCUCGGAACCGAAUCGUGGCGCUUGGAGCAAGAAUUGCAAAAGAUCAUGGAUAUUGCGCACUCUUGGGGUGCAGUUCUCUUGCUUGACGAAGCGGACGUCUUUCUCGAGAAGCGCCAGGUCCACGACAUCCACCGCAAUGCACUAGUGUCGAUUUUCCUGCGUCUGUUGGAGUACUUCCAGGGCAUUCUGUUCCUGACGACAAACCGAGUCGAGACGUUCGACGAUGCGUUUCAAUCGCGCACGCACAUUGGUCUGCGCUACGAGGAGCUUUCUACGCAGGCGAAGCGGGAUAUCUGGCGGAUGUUCUUAAGGAAAGUACACGAGAUGGACGGGACAGCUACGGUGGACUUCAAGCCUUCGGACUAUGACACUUUGGCCCGUAAUCCACUCAACGGCCGACAGAUCAAGAAUGCUGUGCGCACCGCGCAGGCGCUGGCGAUCCACCAGGGCGAGAAGCUGAGCAUGACGCACAUCAAGGCAGUGCUUGAUGUUGCGGAGGACUUUGAGCGUGACCUCAAGGGUGGGACGGGCUACAUCGAUGCGAUGCGGAGCUAUACUUAA